AUGUUUGCAAACAUCCUGCUCGCAACUUUGACUCUGUGCAUUGCCAUCGCGGCAUCGCCAAUCGUCAACACCACUGCUCUGAGUUUGGACGAGCGAGGAGCUCCACUUGGCUACAUCUUUGAUCUCCAUUGGACAUCAGCAGGAGUAUGCACCAUCCCGGCUACCAGGUUUAACAUCAGGCGUCUAGGAAUACGUACCUGGACAUUGACUACAGUGUCCUUCAAGGUGCCUGUCGACAAAAGUCAGACACCGACGUGUGUCCAAGGUCCCUGCAAGGACAUCGCAUUCCUUUCGGGCGAGGAUGCCGCUCAUAUGCAGCCCAUCAACCCCAAAUUUUAUGCUCUCACCCUCAUGGACUAUACGGCCGGGUUCACUGGUGGCAAGUUUCCCGGCUGCUGCACCAUAGAUUAUGACAUCAACUUCUUCCUCAAUCCUUACAGUGGUCAAGGGUCUGUGGACCCGGACUUCAAUGGUUCAUUUGCUGGUCUAUGUUAUGCUUCUGGAAGGUCGAAGGUCAACGGCGCAGCAUGCGAUGAUGUUCUCGGUCAUCCGGCACAGCUCUACACGUAUUUCAAGAGCUGCUACCAGACAGGCUUACGUCCUACCAUCUCGUCCACGCCAUACUACGCAUGA